AUGUUUCAAUCAGCAUCGAAUCUCGUGAAAAGACACAAACGCAAGAUCUUGGUGGCCACCGGACUAGUAGCUGGUGGAUACUUUGUCAUCGAUUAUGUUAAGAAUAAGUUUUUUGAGCUUCAGGAUCGACUGGCUACGGAACGCCAGGCUAGAGAGAACCUGAAAAGACGAUUUGAGCAGAAUCAAGAAGAUGCUACAUUCACAAUCAUGGCUCUGUUGCCUAGCCUGGCAUCUCAGAUCAUGGAGAAAUAUCCAGUAGAAAAAAUUACCCAAGAAUUGCAAGCAAAGAGAACGGAAAGGAUAGCCACUACAGCAGCCAUUGCUAACGAGGCUGUCACUAAUGGCACACCUAGUCUCAAUGAUUCUGUACAAACCCUACCUUCUGAAACAUCGGGCAACACACCGAUACCAGCGAACAGCAGUUCACCAGCUGUUGCUAAUGAAGGAAAUACAACUAAUGCCAGUACUGGGCCAUCAGCACCAGCUUCUCUCACUGGAUCAUGGUCGGUCACUGAAGAUGCCGCUCCUGUAGUGAAGAAGACCAAGACCGAAUUAUGGAGAGAUCUUAAAAUCAGAAGUAUAGCACGUGCCAUGACUCUGGUAUACUGCAGUGCUUUAUUGGUCUUCUUCACGCGCCUUCAGUUAAAUAUCCUGGGUCGCAAGAAUUACGUUGCUUCUGUUAUUCACAUGGCUGAGUCUAGAACCAAGCAACAGAAACUCGAACAAGAAGAAAAUGCCUAUGGCGCAUAUAUUUCAGAACCAACUGAAGAGGACUUGGUGAAACUGGCACUCGAAGAGGAAGAAGUCAACAUCAACAGAAUGUAUCUCACAUUCAGUUGGUGGCUGUUAAAUAAAGGCUGGGCUGCUCUCAGCGAGAGAAUCGAAGAUGCUGUUACUGAUGUCUUUGACUCUGUGAACCCACGUACAGAUCUCAGCUUGGCAGAAAUUUCUGAUCUGAUUGGCCAAGUGCAAUUUAAAAUCGACCACCCUAUUAGUGUUCUGGAAUCCAACAAUUUCAUUAAUAACUUACUGCCUCCCACUGAACUGGAGUCAUAUGUACUAUCACAAGCUCCUGUCAAUCCUGACAACUUGAGUACCCUCAGAUCAGCAGAUAAUGAUGAGAAUCUCGUGACACCGCCAUUGCGUCGCCUUCUCGAUGAGACAUACGAUUUCAUCGAAUCGCCGAAUGCCAUUGAUGUUAUUCAGCGACUUGUUCACAGUGGGCUGACAGUAUUUGUGGAGUCCAUUUCUACCAUAUACCCACCAGGUGGUGCCGAUGCCGAGCCCAGCAAAGUCAAACUGGCGAGCAUUCUUGCCAACGUAACUCGUCAAGGACAUGCCCUAGCAGCAGGCAAGCCACUUGAUCCUAACGAAUACAUUCUAGCUAUGAUCAACGUUCCCGAACUAGAUGGCUUCAGCGCCCUCGUGUACUCUAAUUUCGGUACAUCCAGUGAAUAA